AUGUGUCAACAACCGACUGCAGCCCGUAUUACACCCACAAAUCCCCAAAAAAAGAAAAACAACAAGUAAAUUCCGCAUAUUUUCGGUCGAGUUUUAAUACGAAAAUAAAAUUAUUUUUACGCUUGUUCUGUUGCUCAAAAGUUGAGAUAAAUUUGCGCCGCUCUAAAAUUCCUGCCAUCGUGUAAACGCCAUUUUAUAACCUUGUUUUGUCGUAAGUGACUCCAUGAAAACAUGGACGCGUUGGUAUCAAUUUAACCAAAAGUAGUGUUUAUUAAUUAAACAAGUGCAGUUAUAUUGCUGGUAAUCGCCGUAUUUCCUUUGGUACCUGUUCGCUAUGAGUUUCCUGCAACAAAACGCAAACAGAACAAUGCCUCAGGGGCACUUCCAGCGUGCCCCCAACGACCUCCCGGUCAUGUCCGCGAAGGAACAAACCCAAAUGUGGCACCAGAACUCCUACAUGGAUGACUCUGGGAUCCACUCGGGUGCUUCCACCCAAGUCCCAUCCAUCAGCAGCAAAGAAGAGGAGAUGGACCUCUUCGACCUGGACACGCACAGGUUCACACAAAAUCAUGACGAGAUCAACCAAACCGGCCCCCAAACAGUACCUGCCACCAUGUUCCAAGACACCUUGGACGAAAACAUUGACAUUUCCUCGCCGCAGUUCCAACAGUGUGUUCCGGAGCCGCCCCCGGAAAUCGAAAAGCAACACCCGGUGAAUUUGAUGGACUAUCAGGACGACACGGACCUAGUGACUCGUGCCAUCCCGGAACUGACUAAACUCCUGGGUGACGAAGACCAAGUGGUCGUGUCUCAAGCGGCCAUGAUGGUCCACCAGCUCUCGAAACGGGAGACCUUCAGGCUCGCCAUUCUGAGCAGUCCGGAGAUGUUGGGUGCUCUGGUUCGUGCCAUUUCCAAUUCCAACGACCUGGAGACGACGAAGAGCGCCAUGGGGACUAUCCACAAGCUGUCGCAGCAUCGGACCGGGCCGUUAGCUAUCUUGAAAUGCGGCGUGCCAGUCCUGGUGCAACUGUUGAGCUCACCCGUGGAGAGUUUGUUGUUUCUGGCCAUAACGACGUUGCACAACUUGUUGUUGUACCAGGAGGAGGCCAAGGUGGCGGUGCGGAACGCCGGAGGAUUGCAAAAACUGGUGACGUUGUUGCGCAAAGACAACGUCAAGUUCUUGACGGUGGUCACCGAUUGUCUCCAAAUCCUCGCCUACGGCAACCAAGAGAGCAAACUGAUCAUUUUGGGGGCGCAGGGUACCACCGAGCUGGUGCGCAUCAUGCGAACCUACGACUACGAGACCCUGUUGUGGACGACAUCGCGGAUAUUGAAGGUGCUGUCGGUCUGCUCCAGCAACAAGUCCGUGAUCAUCGAGUGCGGCGGGCUCUUGACUUUGGGUAAACACCUCUGCAGCACCAGCCCCCGCCUGGUACAAAACUGCCUCUGGACAAUCCGCAACCUCUCCGACGCCGCCACGAGAGUCAACGGCCUGGAUGACCUCCUCGUGUCUUUGGUGGACUCCCUCAACUCCAAAGACAUCCAAGUCGUCACCUGCGCCUCUGGCAUUCUUUCCAACUUGACGUGCAACAAUGAAUGGAACAAGAAACUCGUCUACGAAAUGAACGGCAUUGACACCAUUAUUCACACGAUCCUCGUCGCCGAAGACCGCGAAGAAAUCACCGACCCGCUGGUGUGCACUCUGCGGCAUCUCACGGCGAAGAGCGAAUUCUCCGAUAGAGCUAGGAGGGACAUCGUGGAGAGCAGCGGCAUCCAGGUGAUAAUGAAGCUCCUGAAUACGUCGUGUAGCUGGCCGGUGGCUAAGGCGCUAAUCGGGCUAAUUCUCAACCUGGCGCGCUAUCCAGAUAACGUGGGACCGCUGCGCGAGUGCGGAGUGGUCCACCAUUUGAUUCAGCUGCUCCUGCGCACUUUCCAGGACAUCCAGAGGAGGGGCGGCGGGGCGCAGAGGACGGCGAACGGGGUGAGGAUGGAGGAUAUCGUCGAGGGGACUGUCAACAUUUUGCAUAUACUGUCACGUGAUUUGUUUUCGCGGACGAUCAUUCGCCAGGAGAUGGCGAUACCGAUAUUAGUACAGCUUCUGUACAACGAGAAGGAGAGCAUACAGAGGGCUGCGGCGGCGGUGCUCACCGAACUGGCGGCGGAAAAGGAGGGGGCAGAUAUUAUCGAGCAGGAAGGGGCGACGACGAUUUUGACGGAGCUGUUGCACUCGCGCAACGAAGGUAUCGCCUCCUAUGCGGCGACAAUAUUGUACAGGAUCAACGAGGAGAGGUCCCAGUUCCAGGAGGAGACCAUCUGGAAUCCCGACUUCGAGAUGGUCGCGGAGCUGCAAGAGAUUUUGAGUUCUGACCAAUCAUAUAAUAAUGUUUAUAAUCAAGAGACAUCCAGUGUGCACAGCAAUCACAGUAGCCAACCUUUUCAGCAGCAAGGAUUUAACCAGGUACCAGUAGAAAUGCCCGGGUUGGAAAUGAGCGCACACGAUAGCGGCAAUAGCUCUAGUUACUCUGCAUUGUUAGAAGCUAUGGAGGUCACGAUGGCCGAUACAGAUUCUGAUUUGAAUUUUAACAAUAUCAACCAGUUGCCUUCCACACCACAAGAUAACCAAGCCACAGAUUGGUACGAUAAUCCAGAAUUUUAGUUUUUUACUGAAUAUUUGUGAUACAGACUAUAAUUAUUUAUUGCAUGCUUUGUACGAUAGCUACCGAAAGAGACUUAAGCAACAGCAAUAUUUUACGUCGUAAGACUUUAUUUUAGUGUUUCUAUUAAUCAAUCGUAUUCCUAUACUUAGAUUUACGUAUGUACUAGUAUAUCACGACCAUUUAGACUUUAGCAAUAAUGUGUUGAAAAUGCCGUAGCUUUACAUAAUUACCGACAAAGAGAGUAAUUAUUUAUUUUUAUUACGUAACAUAAUUUUAUAUUUAUUAGGUUUUAUUUGCUUUAAACAAAAGAAACAAGAUGAAAUUUCGUAACAAAAGUUUCGUGCUUCAUUAUUGAUCUCCAUUAUUUAUUUUAUUAUGUGCGAUAAUAGGUAUAACCGAGGACGGAACAAGCAGUGACAAAAAGUUACAAAUUUUUUUUCACGCGUUAAUGAUUUCUAUAAGAAGUUACGCAGUUUUAUCUUGUGUUAAAAUUAUUUUAAAAGCAAUUGUUAGCACUGCCUUUGUUCAUAUUCUUAUUUAUGUUAUUAGUAAAAUAUUUAACCAGA